GGAGGCGGCCGUGGCGGCGCUGUGACUGCGCGGGGAAGGAGGGAGGGCAGCAGGGCCAGAGAGGCCGGCAAGGCCCGUCGCUGCCGCCGCCGCCGUCGUCGAGCCGAGGGGCGGCGCUAGGAGCUGAGCCCGCUUACAGACUCCCCGUGUCACGGCGGCGGCGCCCGCCUGCUGCCGCCCGGGAAGGGAGGGGGAGAAACUGCAGCCGCCGCCGCCUCUUUCCCGGAGAGGCCUCGCCGCCGCCGCCUCCAUCCUCGCUCCCCUCCCUCCCUCCUUCCGCGCGCCCCCCAGGCGAGGCGAGGCGAGGCGCCCCGAGGAAGGCAGGAAGGAAGCCAGGCAGGCAGGCAGGCAGGCCGGCCGGGAGGGGGGCUGGCCCAGGCUAGGCCAGGCCGGGCCCGGGCUGCGGAGCCGGCGCCGAGCCGCCACGACCGGGGGGUGGGUGGGAGGGAGCGGGGAACUGGAGCCUGGGACGGGCCUGGGCUGGGCCGCGCCGGGCCGCUGCCGCCGCCGCCGCCUCUGAACUAGGAUGUCCCGACAUGAAGGUGUCAGCUGCGAUGCAUGUUUAAAAGGAAAUUUUCGAGGUCGCAGAUACAAGUGUUUAAUUUGCUACGAUUACGAUCUCUGUGCAUCUUGUUAUGAAAGUGGUGCAACGACAACAAGGCAUACAACUGACCAUCCAAUGCAGUGCAUACUAACAAGGGUAGAUUUUGAUUUGUACUAUGGUGGAGAAGCUUUUUCUGUAGAGCAGCCACAGUCUUUUACUUGUCCUUAUUGUGGAAAAAUGGGUUAUACAGAAACGUCUCUUCAAGAACAUGUUACUUCAGAACAUGCAGAAACAUCAACGGAAGUGAUUUGUCCAAUAUGUGCAGCAUUACCAGGAGGAGAUCCCAAUCAUGUCACAGAUGACUUUGCAGCUCAUCUUACACUGGAACACAGAGCUCCUAGAGAUUUAGAUGAAUCCAGCGGUGUUCGGCAUGUACGUAGAAUGUUUCACCCAGGCCGGGGUUUGGGUGGCCCUCGCGCACGUAGAUCAAACAUGCACUUUACUAGCAGUUCCACUGGUGGAUUUUCAUCCUCGCAGAGUUCGUAUUCUCCAAGCAAUAGGGAAGCCAUGGAUCCUAUAGCUGAGCUUUUAUCUCAGUUGUCUGGUGUGAGGCGUUCUGCAGGGGGACAGCUCAAUUCCUCUGGCCCUUCUGCGUCUCAGUUACAGCAGCUGCAGAUGCAAUUGCAGUUAGAGCGGCAGCAUGCACAGGCAGCACGGCAACAACUGGAGACUGCACGCAACGCAACAAGGCGCACCAACACUAGCAGCGUCACCACCACUAUUACACAAUCUACAGCAACAACCAACACAUCUAACACAGAAAACAGUCAGCAGACUAUCCAGAACUCUCAGUUCCUCCUUACAAGGUUGAACGACCCCAAGAUGUCGGAAGCCGAGCGUCAGUCAAUGGAGAGCGAGCGGGCCGAUCGCAGCCUGUUUGUCCAAGAGCUCCUACUGUCCACUUUGAUGCGGGAAGAAAGCUCCUCCUCUGAUGAGGACGAGCGCGGGGAGGUUGCCGAUUUUGGUGCUAUGGGCUGUGUAGAUAUUAUGCCUUUAGAUGUUGCUUUAGAAAACCUAAAUUUAAAAGAGAGUAAUAAAGGAAACGAGCCUCCUCCACCUCCUCUUUGAUGACAUCCCACUUCGCAGACAAUGUCCUCUGUGCUGUAUUUGCCAAUGAAAGUGGACGACAACUAUCUUGGGUUUGUUUUGGUGAUUGUAAUUUCAGGUCUGUCACUCUUGUUACAUUGUGUACAUUCAAAGGAAGAGAGAAAAAAAGAUAUAUAUGAUAAUCAUUUCCACUUAAAAAUAAUUUUUACUUCUAGCAGGUAAAUGUAGGUUUGCAGCGCAGAGGGAGACUCCUCUGUGCCCUGUACUUUUGACAUGCAAAAAGGCUCUCCUAAUACUCCACAUUCAAACUGAAGAGGAAAAAAAAUGAAAUCUCUAAUGAAGCUGCUGUGUGUAUUUAUGAAUAUUAAUGAAUAAAAACUGCUUGGAUGGUU